AUGCGUCGCAAAUGCAUCUAUCUGCUUGAGGUGUGUGCCAUCAUAAGCCUUCUGCCGUCCGGCUCUUUAGCAGAUUUGACAUGUGAAGCUCUGCUAAUGCUGUCGGGGAAUGUCACACUACAGUCCCUGGCCGCCUCCUGGAACCAAACCCUGAGCAACGCCACAGGUCAAUGGAGCGGCUCGGGACUUUACUGUGACACCUCCAUCGAUGGCAUUGGCACCUGCUGGCCCAGGAGCGGCGCUGGACAGAUGGUGUCACGACCCUGUCCUGAGAUGUUCUACGGUGUCAGAUACAACACCACCAAUAAUGUUUAUAGAAAAUGUCUCGCAAAUGGGACAUGGGCGUUGAAGGGGAACUACUCCAUGUGUAAGGCCAUACUUCACGAGGAGAAAAAAGGAAAGAUGCACUACCAAAUCGCAGUGAUCAUAAACUUCCUGGGUCACUGCAUCUCAAUGGUGGCUCUGCUCAUAGCCUUCUUCCUCUUCUUGUGUUUGAGGAGCAUCCGAUGCCUGAGAAACAUCAUCCACUGGAAUCUCAUCACCGCCUUCAUCCUGAGGAACGCCACCUGGUUCAUCGUCCAGAUGACUAUGAGCCCCGAGGUGCAUGAAAGUAAUGUGGUUUGGUGUCGUCUUGUCACUGCCUCCUUCAACUAUUUCCACUCCACCAACUUCUUUUGGAUGUUUGGCGAAGGCUGCUACCUCCACACUGCCAUUGUCCUCACCUACUCCACCGACAAGCUCCGCAAGUGGAUGUUCAUCUGCAUCGGCUGGUGUAUACCAUUCCCUAUAAUUGUGGCAUGGGCCAUUGGGAAGCUGUACUAUGACAAUGAGAAGUGCUGGUUUGGGAAGCGAGCUGGCGUAUACACCGACUACAUCUACCAAGGUCCCAUGAUUCUUGUGUUAGUGAUCAAUUUCAUCUUCCUCUUCAACAUUGUGAGAAUCCUCAUGACCAAACUGCGAGCUUCUACCACAUCGGAGACAAUCCAGUACAGGAAAGCAGUGAAGGCUACGCUGGUACUUCUUCCUCUCCUGGGAAUCACCUAUAUGCUGUUCUUUGUGAACCCGGGGGAAGAUGAGAUCUCUCAAAUUGUCUUCAUAUAUUUCAACUCAUUUUUAGAAUCCUUCCAGGGCUUCUUUGUGUCAGUAUUUUACUGCUUCCUAAACAGUGAGGUGCGAUCAGCUGUAAGGAAGCGGUUCCACCGAUGGCAGGAGCAGCACUCCAUCCGAGCCAGGAUGACCCAGGCUAUGUCCAUCCCCACUUCACCCUCACGGGUCAGCUUUCACAGCAUCAAGCAGUCCACAUCACUAUGA